AUGCCUGCGUGCAUGCAUGCUUGUGUCUGUGUGUCUGUGUGUGUGCUACAAGUCACUCAAACGUGGUUCCUGCCCCACCCCCCCCCCCCCCGCCGCCCUCCCCUCCGCCGUCCCACCAUGAGAGACCCGCGCUCGCCCUCCCCCGGGGUCCCGCUGCCCCGACGGUACCUCGCGGCGCUCCCGCUGGUUCUCCUGAUCGCCUCCGUGACCGCCGACGCCCAGUUCAUGUCCCUGCCGCUCAACAGCCGGACGGUGUGCGUGUGCGCCAGCAACAUCGUCAGCUGCUCCCAGCUCAACCUGACCAGCGUGCCGUACAACCUGCCCUCCUACGCCGCCGUGCUGGACCUCAGCUUCAACCUCAUCUCCCGGCUGCGCGCCGACUGGACCCAGGUCUCGCUGUGCCGGCUGCACACCCUCCACCUGAACCACAACGGCCUCACCUUCCUCUCCUCCGAGGCCUUCGCCCACGUCACCCAGCUGCGCUACCUGGACCUGUCCUCCAACGGCCUGCGCAUCCUGGAGGAGCUCAUCUUCGAGCCGCUGGAGCACCUGGAGGUGCUGCUGCUCUACAACAACCACAUCUCCCAGAUCGACCGCACCGCCUUCUCGGGCCUGGCGUGCCUGCAGAAGCUGUACCUGAGCGGGAACCAGAUCUCCCGCUUCCCCCUGGAGGUGGUGAAGGAGCGGGGCCGGCUGGAGACCCUCUCCCUGCUGGACGUCUCCUCCAACCGGAUCAAAGCGCUGCCCCUGGCCGAGCUGCAGGCCCUGCCCGCCUGGAUCAAGAACGACCUGUACUUCCACCGCAACCCGCUGCCCUGCAGCUGCGAGCUGCACGGCCUGCUGGCCCUCUGGGACCUCCAGAGGUUCAGCUCCGCCUCGGACUUCCGCGAGGAGCACACCUGCCUGGUGGUGGGGGUGAAGGAGAAGGAGAAGGUGGCGGUGCUGGACCUGAGCCGGGUGCACCUGAACUGCAGCGAGGUGAAGGUGGUGAAGGCCAACGCGUACCUGGGCCAGUACCUGCUGCUGGACUGCGACACGCGGCAGCGCGGCAUGCUGAAGACCUGGGCGCUGCCGGAGAACGUCACCGUGUCCCGCGCCGACAAGAGCGCCCUGCUGCUCCCGGGGGGCGGGCUGCAGAUCGGCCCGCUGAGGGCCGACGACUCAGGGGUGUACCUGUGCCACGCCACCAGCGACGCCUACAACGAGACCCUGCACAUCACCGUGGAGGUGUUCAACGCCACUCUCAGCGGCGGGCUGGAGAGCAUCAAGACGGCGUACACCACGCUGGUGGGCUGCCUGUUCAGCGUGGUCAUGGUGCUCAUCUACCUCUACCUCACGCCCUGCCCCUGCGCCUGCUGCCCCGGCCACGGGCUGACGGCGGUCAGCGGCGCCGACGACAGCCUGCGUUCUUCCACGGUGAGCGUGUGCCAGAUGCACGAGGAGACGGGGGGCAAGCACGACGGGGACAAGACGGAUAAGAACUUCCUGAACCGGCAGCAGCAGCAGCAGCAGCAGCACACGGGGUUCCUGGGGGCCAAAGACCCCGCGGAGCAGAACGGGAGGCUGAACCCCAUCGGGGAGGAGGAGGAGGAGUGGCACGGGGAGAACGGUGCCAGGCGGGGGUCUGACGCCGACUCCGUCAGCUCUGUCUGCUCCGGAACUCCGAUGGUGGUGUAA